AUGCGCGAUGCUAUCCUGGCCCAGAUACAGGACGGUCACUCUGAGAUUGACAUGCUGCAUUGGACUGGGCGCGCCGCGCUCGAGCUCGUGGGGCAGGGUGGUCUAGGUUACUCCUUCGGCUCGUUAGCCUCUGAGAUGCAAGAUGACUACGGCGAUGCUCUCAAAGCCUUGACCCCUUCCCUCGUCAGCGUCGACUUGCUGGAGCGACUGGUUCCAUGGGUCUGCGGCAUCGGACCGGCAUGGCUGCGGCGCCUGGCUAUCGAUGUAUUUCCGAAUGCCGGACUUCGAAGAUUGAAAUCGGUAGUAGAUUGCAUGACCAGGAGGUCCGUGGAGAUCUACGAGUCGAAGAAAGAGGCAUUGAAUAAAGGCGACAAGGAUGUUGUCCAGCAAAUUGGAGAGGGGAAGGAUAUCAUGAGUGUCUUGAUGAAGGCUAAUCAAGUGGCAUCCGAUGGAGAUCGCAUGACAGAAGAAGAACUAAUUGGACAAAUGUCGACACUUAUCUUCGCAGCAUCAGACACAACCUCGAACGCACUGGUUCACAUUUUGCAAACUCUGGCGGAACAUCAAGACUGGCAGAAGAAACUAAGAGCGGAAUUACUUGGAGCCGGUGCAGGAAACCAGAUAUCAUAUGAACAGCUUAACCGUCUGCCAUUGCUCGAUGCGAUUUGCCGCGAGACGCUUCGCCUGUACGCGCCACAGUUCUCAUCCGGGUAA